AUGCACGAUAUUCGACUAUGCUUUCUGGCAGUGACAAUCACCUUCUACCUGCUUCUCUUCAGCGCUUUUGCCUUUUAUUGCUGUCGGAAGAAGCGAAGGAACAGCAAUCAACGCAGGCCACGCAGUAACUGGGAGUUUGGAGUAAGUGUUUAGGCUGUGUUGAAGUUUGGUUUAUUUUUCAAAAUUAAAUUUUAAGAAAAAUUUUGAAAUUUUAAAAAUUUCAAAAGCUUCGCUCUGAUUGAAUUCAAACUUUUGAUUUAGAAAGGUCAUGUAAAUAUAAUAUCUUCAGCUGCAGCAAAGCAACUACUUCCCUGUAAAUCUCAAGAAAAUCAAGAUCAAAAAUUUAAGUUUUGAAUCGUCCGCUAAAUUGGCAUUGAGUUUCAAGCUUAUAACUUUUGAACCUUUAUUUUUAAAAAUUUUUAAGCUUAGUUUGUCUGAAAAGUCAAAAAAGUGCUUGAAACACAAUGCCAAGUUUGGCAUAUUGGCGGGAAAUUCAAAUACUUAAAUUUUAAAACUUAAAAACGCGGGCUAAAAUUUUUUAAGGGUUCUAUUAUUGGUGCACUGAAUUCAUACAAAAAUUUUGAGAUGGUUUCCAGCGGUGCAGGUUGAUUACUUUCCUUGUUAGUUGUCACUUUUUUCUAAUAAGAUUUUAAAAAAUCGAAAAUUUUUGAAAUUUUUUAAAAUUUUAAAUUUUAAAAUUUCAAAAAAAACUCAUUUUCCAAGCGUUACGUUGAAGAAAUUUCAGAAUGACAGUCAUCCCGACUAUCGCAAUCAAACGGGUCAAAUGGACGACUUGGUGUCGGUUCGCAGCGACGGCCAAGUUGGCACGGGUCAGACAGUAACCACGCAGAGUAACGCCCAACCACCAGCCCCAGGCCAGAUUCCGUUGCCAAUCGGUGGUCAAGCCGCUUUUAUGAGAAAUAAUCGUUCAGCGGCGCCAUUCAUGAGGCACGGCCGGAUGCACAACAGCUACAACAACACGAGUGGCUACGGGAAUCAGGCGCGGUAAGUUGAGGAAUGUCAUGGUUGUUAGUUGUGAGAUGUCAUUGUUUUGUGUUGGGCUGGUUGGAAGGUUGUUUUGGUUAAUUUUAGGCUUGUAUAAAAAUGAUGAGCAAUUUCUUAUAGCUGAUAUAUAUGUUCCGUGGCUCAUUACUUUUUAUACAAAUUGAUAGAACUUUUUAAACAGCCCAGCAUUGCUAUGCGUAUGAGUAUGGUGGCUCAGAAAAAAAAUGUUUUCAAAAAUUGAAAAGUUCAAACAAAAGUGAAAUUUAAAAAAAAAAUUAAAUUUAAGGACACCCCCAAACCCCCAUUUUUCUAGCCACCUUACCAUGCCCAGCUGAAUGUCGUCGAAAGUAUAACUUGUCCCAACUUUUCUAACAUUUUCAUUGCAUGUCUUCUCCUGAUCUGUCGCUUAACAUGUUACCCAAAAAUAAAAUUGAGAGUUGCACUGCGGUUUGACACAGCACGUACUGUAUUCCUAAUAGUGCAUUAUUUGCUAGGCGUCCGACCGAAAGUCCGAAACCGCCCGAAAUUCCGAUCAUCGUAGCGGAUGAUCAGCUGUAAAAGGUAUAGCUUUGGGUGUGAUAAUCAAUUUCAUUUUUUUUAUUAAAUUUUAAAAUUUAAAAAAAAUUCGAACAUACAAUCUACAGUAUGAUAUGAAAGGUCCAACACUGUUUUCUAAAAAGUUGUAUGAAAAAGAAUGAGCUAUGCCUAACAUCUAAUGUAGAGUUUAGUACAUCUAAUGUAGAGCUCAGUAGCUCAUUACUUUUUAUACAAUGUAAUACACUAAUAUCAACUAACAUGGCCAUCUUUCUCACGUUUCCGCUUCUACUUCAAUGUUGUAUACCUAUUGUUUACAAAUAGAGCUUACAGUAGUUACUUUACGUAAAGCAUGCUUUCAUAAUACCUCUUCCUGUAAUAGAUAGAUCUCUUCAUACUGUAGCCUUCAAUGUUGUAUUAUAGCUAUGUGAAUCGUUGUGAGAUUAGCUAGAGAGUAGUCAUAUUAUCCAUGGCUAGAUAGUAGCUAACAGUACUUUUUUUGUUUAUAUACAAUGGCUUAGCUACCUGAUUUUGAAGCUACAGUAAUUGUUAUAGAAUAGCAGUUUAAAAACCGCAGGCAAAGAAUUUAAAACCCUCUGGCAACCUUUUAAAACUUUUUUUUAAUCUUAUGCCAAAGUAAAACAUAAAGCCUUAUGAUUGCUGUCGUAAAACAACCGUUUUACCAUAGCAAUCAUCCAAAAUCUGAACGAUUACUGUAGCAAAAUACCGUGGACAGCUAUAGCUACAUUGUCCUUGGCUAGCCAGUGUUUGUAGCUCUAUUGUCGAUGGGUGAAACCUUAAAACGAUUCAAUUUUAUCUGUAGGCCAUCCCUCACCAAAGCUGCCACCAUUACCGCGUCGGCUGUGGCGGAGACGGCGGAAGAGACGUAGAGCUUCUUGGAUAUCUUUUAUUAUGACGUGAGAUCUAUUUUUAUAUGAAGUGGUAUCUAUAUUACUAUGAAGUGAGAUCUAUAUUACUAUAACGUGAGAUCUUUUAUAACUUGUGGUAUCUAUUUUUCUACAAAGUGAUUAGUUCUUAAAAUUGAGUUGUCCAAAUAUGAAUGAGCCAAAGUUUUUAAAGCUGGAAAAUCUGAUUGGUUCAUCUAACUUUAGACGUUCUAACAUUAGGUUGUUCAAGUAAUUUUGUGCCCUCUUUCAAAGCUUUAAAAAAUUUUGGGUGUUAGAGGGCACAGAAUUACUUGAAAAGCCCAAUAUUAUGUGAAAUUGAUUUUUAAAAGCUCUAUUUAUAUUGCAGAAUCCUUUUUGUAUGAUGGCAAACCAUUUUAUUUUAAACUACGGCCUAUUCUAUAUUGUGUUAGAUCUACCUUCCAACGUACUUUCAUGUCUCUUUUCUUGGCUUUGUUUGACGUGAUUUUUUGAAACUUAAAAAAUGUGAUUUUGGCUUGAUAUCUUCACUUUUAGUAAAUGAAUCGUACCAAGUUAUAGCAGCCAUUUUAACAUAGUUUUUGACAUUUUGUAACGACAAGUUUUAAAAAAAAAUCUCUUGAACGUCUACUUCAAUAUUUUUUGAUCUCUAAACCAAAUCUUUUCAUUUUUUUUUUAUUUCUAAAGCUUCUUCUUCUACCAUCCCUUUCCCUUCAAUACUCUCACUAAUAACCGAUAUUGCAGGCUGAUAUCGGACACCGACACCGUGAAACACCAGAUUCCCCACAUAACCACGCAAGAAAUCCCCGACGCCAACGGAAGUCAGCCCAGCUCCCCGCCGCCUAACACCACCACCCCACUCACACCCGCCGUUACUAGCACCGUCACUACAACUACGACACCAACCGCACGUGCCCUACAUCAUCGGACGACCGCCGCGUCGCUCGAGUUGAAUGGGCACGGCUAUCGGCACGGUACGGCCGCAACCGACAUGUGA